AUGUUCUGCCUCCUCCAGGAUAAACUCUGCAAAGCACAGCUGUGGGACUCCUUGUCUCCGUGUAGUGACUAAUAAAGCUUUCCUUCUUCAAACACACAGUCAGGGUCUGGGACUUGAGACUGUGGGGGGGAAAAGGUCUACAGGAAAGGUAGAGCUCUUGUUGUCUUCCGCUUAGGACUGCGGCAUAAUGGCAGCUGUGUGGCUGGAAUAACUGCGGCUUUAUCGGGCAGCCUGUGACAGCGGCUCCAGUCUUCCUGCUGGUGCUGGAGUGAGGGCUCAUGGCUGACACUCCAUAGCCUAUAGUGCGGUAGGACGCCGUGCAGGUCCUGUGUGGACACUAUGGAACCCCCUGCAGAACCUGACAUUCUGCUACAAAGGAAGCAAAAACUGACAAAUGCUGUGAUAGGACUUAUCUUUCUGCUCAGUGGCAUUGAAUAUGCUGUGAUCCUACCCACAGUCUGGAUGUAUCUGCAGUCACUCGAUGCUCAGCCAUUCUUCUUGGGUCUGGUCCUGUCUGCAUUCAGCCUUACUGAACUCUUGUCCGGCCCGGUGUUUGGUUAUUGGUCAGACCGUACAGGAACAACUAAACAUGUCAUCCUAUUGAGCAACUGCUUUGAGAUUGCAGGCAAUUUUAUGUACUUUAUUGGAAUCUCUAAAUGGUUUCUUCUGGGGAGUCGCCUAGUAGCAGGUGUCGGUGCAGGAGCUGGUGCUUCAAUAUUUGGAUAUUUAACCCGACGUUCUAGUUCCAAAGAUCGUAUACCAGUGUUUGCAAUGGCCAUGGCAUGCCGUCAAGCAGGGCUUUUAAUAGGGCCCGCGUUUAAUGUCUUCUUAAGGUAUUGCACCUUUCAGAUUGGACCAUUCCAUAUCGACAAGUUUUCUGCUCCUGGUAUUUUUAUGUGUAUUCUUUGGACUUUGAUGCAGUUUGUGGUGGUUUUUAUGUUUUAUGAUCUUCCACCAAUGCCUCCAGAGUUGCCUCAGGAGCAUGACCCACUUUUAAAGCAAACAGAUAUUCAGAGUCCCUUAUAUGGAGCCAUUAACUGUGUUCAUGAUCCAUCAUCCAACCAGGAUGACUUUUCAAGCAUGGAGAAUUCAAACACUUCCACAUCUGCUUCAAUAACAAAUAAUAACAUUUGUUGUCAAAGAUCAGAGUCAGACGGAACCAGAAAGAAACCAAUGAUGGGGCUGAUAAAGGAGGAGAUUGUGGUGCUUUUGACUGCUCAGUUUGUUACAUUCUUUAAUCAGACAGCACUGGAGACCUUAGUGACACCUCUAGCUCAGACAUAUCUUGGAUUUGAGGAUCUGCAAAACUCACUGCUGUACUUUUUCUGUGGGAUUGAGAUGUUGAUUGGUUUCCUUGUGGUUCGUGUCCUUAGUCGCUGCUGUUCAGACCGCAUCAUCCUGGUGUUUGGACUUUUUAUCAGUAACAUAUCCUGCAUUUGGUGCCUCCUAUUCUUGGCAAAACCCAAAGGGAGUUACGGUUUUCUGCUGGCCGAGUUUGUGGUUGGCGUUUUUCUACAAGUACUUGGACUGCCCUUUGUUUCAGUAUCACAGGUGUCUUUAUUCUCAAAAGUAACGGCUGAAAAAACUCAAGGGUUCAAUCAUGGGCUACGGCGAUCAGUCGGUGGGUUGGCUACAAUCCUUGGACCAUUGUGGGCAGCAGGUUUAACACAAAAUCUGUAUAUUAUGCUCGGAACUAUGAUGGGUCUGCUUCUUCUGAUCAGUGUAAUGGUCAUGCUAUCAUACAAGUACCUGGUAGAUCCUGCUGCAUCAGAAGCCGAAUCAUCUUGAAGUGUGAACUGUUCCUUAUUCUGGUUAACAUUGCUCUCAGUGUAACUUUAGGCGCGGGCUUGUGACAUCAGCUGUAGUUCAUGUUAAAAUAGCAAACAACGUCUGUGGUUUUUUUUUCUACGGAAAAAUGACCUGGUACGUGGUGUAGUUAUUUGUGACGGAUGCAUUGUCAUAGUGAAACAUUAAGGCUGUGUUAGUCCUAUAAUUUUACCUUGAGUGCAGCUCAACGCCAUGGAGCCCUAGUGUUACACUUAAAGGAAAGAACAUAUAUAAACAGCUAGGAAGCAAGCUCUGUAAUGAUUGAAACCUUUGGGCACAUUCCUGUUAACUCCUAUUCAUAUUGGAAUGAAUAAUUUUUGUUAAUCUGCUGUGAUCUUAACAUAAAUUCCAUAGAAAAGCACAAGAUGUGUAAAUCUUAAAUUUCUUUACUUCUGUAAACACAUGUAUUGCUACUCAUACUUGCAGUUAUCUUAAACUGAUGAGUAAUAUUGCACUAUUAUGGUAUUUCCACUAACUUGUUUCGGCCCAUAUAGUGGAAUAAAAUGGCAGCAGACCUGUCCAUCUAAUGCUCCUUUCAAACAGGCGUGGACAUGGGACACUCAAAAUAGCUACUAAUUCACAUUUGUCAUAUGUCUAUGUGUUGGCAUAAUUUUUAAGUGGUUCUUCCACUAAAAUCCUUUUGUACCUAGUCAAAGAACAGUUUACAUUUUUUUUGUUUUAUUAGCUAUUUUGACACUACAUCUUCCAAUCAUAGUGACUGCUGAUGAUGGAGGGUGUGAUUAGUACAGAUUACAGCACCAUGUCAUUAGAUGAAUUUUUCCCAACCAGGGUGCCUCCAGCUGCUGCAAAACUAC